AGUCUCCGUCUUUGGUGAUGGCCGGACGAAAUUAUCCUCCGCCUCAAAACGCUGUCAAGCUCCGCCACUCCCUCGAAGACCCUCGCCUCCUCUCCCGCCUCUCCUCCCACCCCCAGCUGGCGGUGCUUGAGGAUCGCGUCGCCUCCCAGCACUGCGAGAUCCAGUCCCUCCUCACCGAGAACCAACGGCUGCUCGCCACCCACGUGGCCCUCAAGCAGGAGCUCUCCCUCUCCCAGCAGGAGCUCCGCCGCUUGUCGUCCGCCGCCGCCGAGGUCAAGGCGGAGAGAGACGCUCAGGUGCGGGAGGUCUACGAGAGGUCCUUAAAGAAGGAGGCCGAGGUCCGCGAGAUCAAUUCCAUGGCCGCCGAGCUGGCUCAAGUACGCUCCCAUGUGCUGAAGCUCGGCGCCGAGCGGAAAGAGCUCGUUGUGCAGUUGCGGUGUCUCCAGGAGGAUGUUCUCCGGGCCGCGGCUGACUUUAAGCAGGUGCCCCUGGUCAAGUCCGAGAUCGAGGCCGUGCAUGAAGAGAUUCAGAGAGGAAGAGCUGCUCUUGAACGUGAGAGAAAGACACAAGUUAGUAAUCUGGAGCAAGCUAAGGUGAUGGAGAAAAACAUGUUCUCUUUGGCUCGUGAAAUUGAAAAGCUGCAUGCUGAACUUGCUAAUGCAGAGAGAAGGUCAAGAGUGGCAGCAGCAAAUCUAAAUCCUGGAUAUGCCCAAAACUAUAGUUCCCCCGAGAUAGGAUGUGGAGGAAGUACUUAUCCCAACACUUACGAAAUGCAUCAGAUGAAAGGAAGCUGGAAUGGGAAAAGAUAUACACAACGAAAGCUAAUGUCUGAAAAUUGAUUGAGCUGUUUUCUCGAUUUUACUACGACCAUGGCUUGGUAAUCAAUGAAGCAUAAUCAAGUUCAGCCAUGAUGAAGCUGCCUUCUGAAUGAGAAAGCAUGUUAGAUGCGGGAUUACCGAUACUAACGAAAUCACCUGUGACAAAUAUUCUUAAAAUACAGCUCUGUAAUGUGUGGACAAGAAUCAUGGUA